AUGGCGUGCCUGGGUUUCCUUCUUUCUCUCCCCCUCCUCCUCCUCCUCCUCCUCGCCAGCACCAUAGCCCAGGGGGAGUACGCCGUGGUCCACGUGGUGUCAGACAACUGGAGCAAGGACUACUGCGUCCUGUUCCGCUCAGAUUACGUCACCCUGCCCCGGGACCUGCACCACGCCCCACUCCUGGCCCUGCAUGACGGCACCCAGGCACCCUGGUGCCCAGGCGAGGGGUCCUCCCACCAGGCCCACCCCAGCUCCCCCAGCCAGCGGCCCCUCCGCCAGACCACCGCCAUGGUCCUGAGGGGUAACUGCAGCCUCCACGCCGAAGGCUGGCUGGCUCAGGGCCAAGGCGCCCACGGGCUGCUCAUCGUGAGCAGGGUCGGCGGCCAGCAGUGCCCAGACACCACCCCGGCCACCCGGGACCCCCGCAAGCCCCUGCCAGACCUCACCAUCCCCGUGGCUGUGCUCCGCUACACCGACAUGCUCGACAUCCUCAGCCACACCCACGGCGGCGGCGGGGUCCGCGUGGCCCUGUACGCGCCCCCAGAGCCCACCCUUGACUACAACUUGGUGGUCGUCUUCAUCCUGGCUGCAGGCACCGUGGCCGCAGGCGGCUACUGGGCGGGCGUGACCGAGGCUGACCGGCUGCAGCGGCACCGGGCCCGAGGGGGAGGGGGGCCUGGCGGUCACAGUCACCGGGAAGCAGUGGCAGCCCAGCGAGGGCACGAGGAAGAAGACGAGGACGUACCCGUGGACUUCACGCAGGCCAUGACGGGCGCAGUGGUCGCCACGUCCUGCUCCAUUGUGCUGCUGCUCUACAUCUUCUACGACUGCUUUGUCUACGUCAUGAUCGCCAUCUUCGGCCUGGGCGCCGGCACCGGCCUCUACAGCUGCCUGGCGCCCGCGGUGCACCUUCUGCCCCUGCAGCGAUGCUGGUGGCUCCUGCCCGACUGCCGGGCCUGUCUGCGGCUGCCCCUGCUGCUGGCCGGCCUGUGCAUGGCGGUGACGGGCCUCUGGCUCACCUACCGCAAGCAGGGCCGCUGGGCGUGGCUCCUGCAGGACAUGCUGGGCGUGGCCUACUGCCUUUUCGUCCUGCGGCGCGUGCGCCUGCCCACCUUCAAGAGCUGCGCCUCCUUCCUGCUGGCCCUGCUGGCCUUUGACGUCUUCUUUGUCUUCAUCACGCCCCUGCUCACCAGGACCGGCGAGAGCAUCAUGGUGGCGGUAGCCUCCGGCCCGGCAGAUUCCUUGAGCCACGAGAGGUUGCCCAUGGUGCUCAAGGUGCCCCGGUUGAGCUUCUCGGCCUUGACCUUGUGUGACCAGCCCUUCUCCAUCCUCGGCUUCGGUGACAUCGUGGUCCCCGGCUUCCUGGUGGCCUACUGUCGCCGCUUCGAUGUGCAAAUCCGCUCGCGGCAGGUCUACUUCGUGGCCUGCACCGCGGCCUACGCGGUGGGCCUGCUGGUCACCUUUGUUGCCACCGCCCUCACGCAGAUGGGCCAGCCCGCCCUGCUCUACCUGGUGUCUAGCACCCUGCUCACCAGCCUGGCCGUGGCCGCCUGCCGCCAAGAGCUCACCCUCUUCUGGACCGGCCAGGGCAGAGCCAAGACCCCUGCCCAGCCUGCGCCAGGGCUCUGCGGUGCCCCUUCAGCUGGCUCUGAGCACAAGCAGGAACACACAGCAGAUGUCCACCGAACCGGCGAGCUUGAGGGGGCCACCGACCAGUCGGCAGGGGAUUUAGACAGCAACCUCGGGGAGGACACGGCGGAGACUGUCACCAUAUCUGAGGAUGAAGCCACCGGUCCGGAAGGCCAGAGUGACAGCUCCGAGGGCUGGAGCGAUGCCAACCUGGAGCCUGAUGAGCUGCCCCGGACCCUCCCUGGGGCCUCAGAGGAGCUGAUGCCACUGAUGCCAGUAGCCACGCUGGUACCACUCACGCCCCCGCCCUCGGAGCUGGGCCACACCCACGCCCAGGCCCAGGCCCACGAGGCCAGCCUGCCCUGGACGGGGCUCCACCGGGGGAAGGGUCGGAAGGUGAAGAAGAGCAUGUCGACUCAGGCUCUCUUGUGA